UCAAAAGAAUUUGGAAAGACAUGGGCGGCUGUGUUUCUGGUGACCUGAAAGGCGGCAAACAAGCUGUAGGUGGAGUUGAUUGUAGGUCCAUUGUGAAUAACAAUGCUGGACAUAACGACGCCAUUGAUCACUAUUUCAGAAUUCGAGGUCAAUGUCCUCUUUUCACUCAAGUUGAGUUAUCUAUGUCAGCAUCAAACUUGCGCGAUCUUGACAUCACAUCAAAGAGUGAUACUAUGGCAGUUGUGUAUGUAAAGAAAAUGGAUGGUAUGCUAGAGGAGCUUGGUCGUACUGAAGUCAUACUCAACAAUUUGAAUCCUGUUUGGAUUCGGAAGAUUAAUGUUGCUUAUCAGUUUGAGAUUGUUCAAAAUUUGGUUUUUCAUGUAUAUGAUGUGGAUACCAACUAUCACAACAUACCUGUGAAGGAACUAAAGUUGAAUGAGCAGGAUUUUUUGGGAGAAACCACUUGUUUUCUGUCUGAGGUAAGUUGCCUCUCAUCCAUUAUUGUUUUUGGAUCAUAUUAUUUUCGGAGUUGGAAAAACUUCACAAAGAUGGAAGUGGUGCGAAUUUGGUUUUCCCAUCUCAUCGUGGUCGGGAAAAGGUGUUCACCGUGCUUGGCAUCAAUAUUAUUAGCAGCAAUAUGCUGUGUUUUUAAACAUUCCUUUGCCUUGCAGAUUCUGAAGGGCCAGCUAUUUGUUGAUCAAUUUAUUGAGAAGGAGCAAUUCAGUUUCCUUGACUACAUUUCUAGUGGGUUUGAGCUAAAUUUUAUGGUUGCCAUUGACUUUACAGCUUCAAAUGGAAAUCCUCGACAUCAAGAUUCCUUGCACUACAUUGAUCCUUCAGGCCGAUUGAAUUCUUACCAACGAGCUAUAAUGGAGGUUGGGGAGGUUAUACAAUUUUAUGAUUCUGAUAGGAGGUUUUCAGCUUGGGGUUUUGGAGGAAGGACACAUAAUGGCACUUUAUCCCAUUGUUUUAACUUGAACGGUACAAAUGCCUCUGAGGUUGAAGGAGUUCACGGCAUCAUGGGUGCUUAUGCUAGUGCGCUGCAGAAUGUCACUCUGUCUGGACCUACUUUGUUCGGAGAUGUAAUCAACAAGGCUGCACAAAUGGCUUCCCAGGCUGCCUCAAAUGACAUUACCAAAUAUUUUGUGCUGCUCAUUAUAACGGAUGGAGUGCUGACAGAUAUUCAACAAACAAUGGAUGCUUUGGUUAGGGCAUCUGAUCUUCCUUUAUCCAUUCUUAUAGUUGGAGUGGGGAAUGCAGACUUUAAACAAAUGGAGAUUCUGGAUGUUGAUGCUGGGCAUCGAUUGGAGAGCUCAACAGGUCGUGUUGCUACACGAGACAUUGUACAAUUUGUUCCCAUGCUAGAAGUGCACAGUGGGCAGAUUUCUUGUGUCCAAGCUCUAUUGGAAGAGCUGCCGGUACAAUUUUUGACUUACGUGCGAUGUAGAAACAUGAAGCCACUCCAUGCUUGAUUGGCAGCCCCAAAAAUCUUUCGGCUUUUGGUUAUAGUAGGACAACAAUUUCUUGGGAAGUAGAGGUACAGGCAGUGUGAAAA